AUGUAUCAAUUCUCAUUGAAAGCAUUUCGUAGUGUAUUUGAAGUGGCUAUGGAUAGAGCAGAACCAGCUGAUGAUAUACAGACACGCGUAAAAACUCUACUUGACUCUAUUACCUUUUCUGUUUAUAUGUACACUUCAAGAGGUUUAUUUGAAAAAGACAAGUUGAUAUUUACAGCACAAAUGGUAUUUCAAAUAAUGACUAUUUCAAAUGAAAUCAAUCCAGUGGAAUUGGACUUCUUGUUAAGAUUUCCGAUAAUACCUAAUCUAACCUCACCGGUUGACUUUAUAACAAACAAUGGUUGGGGUGGUAUUAAAGCUUUGUCAAAUAUGGAGACUUUUCGUAAUCUAGAUAAAGAUAUCGAAGGUUCAGCAAAACGUUGGAAAAACUUGUGCUAUUUCCAUGCUGUUAUCUGUGAAAGACGUAAAUUCGGUCCACAGGGCUGGAAUCGUAUUUAUCCAUUUAAUACAGGCGAUUUGACUAUCAGUGUUAGCGUGUUAUACAACUAUUUGGAGGCAAACAGUAAAGUGCCCUGGGAAGAUUUAAGAUAUUUAUUCGGUGAUAUUAUGUACGGUGGGCAUAUUACAGAUGACUGGGAUCGACGUCUGUGCAAAACGUACUUAGAAGAAUACUUAGUCCCUGAAAUGCUGGAUGGAGAUCACUGUUUAGCACCGAAUUUCAAAACUCCACAAAAUACCGAUUAUAAAGGUUACCACCAGUAUAUUGAUGAAUUUCUACCUCAGAAUCUCCAUAUCUCUAUGGAUUACAUCCAAACGCUGAAAUGGAAUUUCUAA